GUGCCGCGUGAAUGGUUGGAAAGAAAGAAGAUCCAAAUGCCACAAACUGACACCACACAAAAUCACAAGAGACAACAGCGAAAGGGCAAAUUCAAGAUUCUUUCUUCUUUUGUUGAGAAUCCUAGAGAUAGCACACCAUGGCCAACGAAGAUAUUCCCGUAGCUCAAGCAGUGCCUGCUGCAGACUCCCAACUUGUGCAAGUGAUAGCUCCUGCCACGCUGGAUGCAGGCUACUCUUUCAUGGCGAAAGUGGAUGGUAAGACAGUUUCCAUCACAGUGCCUGAAGGAGGCGUCAAGGAAGGUCAAACCUUCACAGCUCCAGUAACCAUGAGAGCCAAUCCCUCGGCUCCACCCGGUGAAGCCACUCCCUUGACGGGUGCUGUCACAACGACUGGCGGAACUACUACCAUGACCAGUGGGGACCCCCGUGCUCCUCGUGGAGUCUGGAAAGACAACAUUUUUGAUUGCUGCAUCUUGGGACCCUGUCACGCGUCACUCUGGUGUGCCAUGUGCUUUCCACAAUUCCUCAUGGGACAGGUACUCACACGCAUGAAUAUGAGUUGGUUGGCAGGUCGUGAUUCUCCCACUGCCAAACAGACUACUUUUCGUAAUGUGGUCCGAGUCGUUGUCAUCUACUGGAUUGUGGCCACCAUCGUGGCGCCCGAGGUCGACGCAGAUGGGGAGAUUAUUUCCGCAAAUACCGAUCCAACCAAGCUUGCCUUGUACCAGCUCGUCAAUGCCGCAUUCUCUCUCUACUGUCUCAUUGUCUUGAUCAAAUUACGCAUUGCCGUCCGUGAACGUUACUCCAUUCCCACCUCCUUCUGUCCCUCUCCUGUGGAAGACGUUUGCUGUGUCUGCUUUUGUGGGUGCUGCACAGUCGCACAACUGGCGCGGCAAACUGCCAAUUAUCAUCAACAUGACGCCAAAUGUUGUUCCAAGAAUGGUCUGGCGUUCGAUGAUGAUACCGACCAAGUUGCAACCGUCUUGAUCGUGUAACAAGACAUGCAACACAACAAUCAGUGUCGAUUUAACAAUCUACUGAAAAAAAGAAAACGACAUCAAACAAUCCAAAAGUGCGUCUGUCUAUCCAUGUUCUGUAUCAAAGUGCCAUAAAUAUUUGAAGUGAGACAAUAAAAACCAGUGGUUGAUGAAUGACGACCUGGCGGACCUUUGCUGCCGAUGUGCCACCAUGGUUGGAUCCAUGGAACUAACAAGUAGAGAGAUGUUAUCCCGAAGUGCUUGCGUGCCAUGACCUACUUGUCCGCUGCUGUAAGUGGAUCCUACCACUCUUCAGUGCUAUGGAUCCAUAAUAUGGCGUCAACUACAUGUAGGACAUCGCAUGAAUGAUUUCGUCGUUCUACUAGAUGAUGCGUUAUGGUAAUCUCGUCCAGAAAGUUCCAUCUGUUUUGAGAAGGGAACAGAAACGAAUAUUGGAGGUGUAGGCUAUCGUAUGGCUGAUUUUUAUUCAUUAUAAAUACAAAUCCAUUUUGUCUGCUGCAAAA